UCCAUUACAAAUUUACAACAUUAAUGUUUUGUAAACCUAAUGGUCGACGGUCCUCUGCGCAGCACGACCAAUCCAAUGGGUCAUCGAGAACGACAUGAAGAUCUACCUUAAUUUUCAGGUGGAGUCAAGCGUCUUGGAACACGCGCGUCCACUACUAGCUUAUCACCCGGGUGGUCAUCCGAGGUUCUUAACUUCUUAUACUAUAGGAAGACCUCAAUACGGGUCUGAUUGAUCCGUGCCGCAAGGUGUUUAACUUGUAUAACUCAGUGUAAUUACACACUGUAAUCUCAGCGCACCCGUUGCUCAUCACGGCAAGUCACUACCCUCUGUUCUGGAGUAUUUAACGUGUUGCAAAGUAGCGGGGUGUCUGAAUCUUGACUAUCAGCAAGCCGGACCAUUUCAAUGGCGAUUAUCAUUGCAUGCACCCUUAUCAUUAUCUUCGCCAGCGUCUGGAUAGUGAAACAACGAUAUCAGGCCAUGAGGCGGUUGCCAUUACCGCCUGGACCACCUGGACGUUGGCUAUUGGGAAAUACAAUGCCAAAGUCGUAUGUACCGUUCCAAUUCGCGAGAUGGACAGAACAAUACGGACCUGUGUUCUCGCUCAAACAAGGCCGUAGGAUUUUCGUGAUUAUAGGACGUCAUCAGGCUGCAGUGGAUAUCAUGGAAAAAGAGGGAGCAAAUCUGGCCGACCGCCCGCGUUCUAUUUCGGUGCACGAGACGUUGUCUGGCGGGUUGAGAAUGGUCCUUGAGGGCAGUGGUGAGAGAUUGCGCCGACUGCGCAGGGUGCUGCACGCAGGCUUGCAACCCAAGGUUGCCGAGACCUACGAGCCCAUCCAGACCAGGCAUGCAAAGAAUUUAGUUCUAGAUAUCUUAAAUGAUCCAAAGAACCACCAGAGUCAUGCCAUGCGUUAUGCAGCUUCUGUGGUCAUGUCCUUCACCUAUGGAAAAAUCACUCCGACUUCAUAUACAGAUCCUGAAGUCGUUGCCGUCAAUAAGGCUCUUGCGCGUUUUGGUCAGGCUUUGAAACCGGGAGCAUACCUUGUGGAUACGUAUCCAAUCCUGCGGUUCGUCCCAGGCUACCUGAGUCAGCUGAAGGCGUGGCACAAAGAAGAACAUGCUCUUUAUGAAGGGCAGUUGGAUGCGGUGCGAAGACAGAUGCGUGAGGGGACUGCAAGGCCAUCCUUUGCCAGAUUCAUUUUAGAGCACCAGAAACAGUACCAGCUCGAAGACAAGGAACUGGGAUUCAUUGCGGGAGGGAUGUUUGCAGCCGGUUCUGAUACAACUUCGUCCGCAAUCACAAUUAUGACGAUGGCUGCUGCCACUCACACAGAUGCGCAGGCUCGCGUACAAGAAGAACUCGAUAACGUCGUGGGGCGUACGCGGCUGCCGACUUUUGAUGAUCAGGAAAUGCUGCCGCAGGUUACCGCGUUCAUGCUCGAGAGUCUGAGGUGGAGACCUGUCAGUCUUGGAGGCUUUGCGCAUCGCGCGACUAAGGACAUCAUUUGGAAGAACUACCUCAUUCCGGCAGGUACGACUGUUAUUGGCAAUCAUUGGGCUAUCGCAAACGAUCCUGAGGUCUUCCCGGAACCACACACGUUUAACCCUCAGCGUUGGAUUGACGAUGCAGGUCGUGUGCGCGGUGAUCUCCGAUUUUUCACUUUUGGCUUUGGCCGCCGAGUGUGUCCUGGUCAACAUGUCGCGAAUCGGUCGGUGUUCAUCAACACGGCUCUUAUUCUCUGGGCUUUCCGCCUUUCGGAGAAUCCUGCAGCAAAGAUUAAUACGCUUGCAUUCUCGGACACUGCAAACAUACAUGCUGCUCCGUUUGAGAUAUGUUUGGAGAAGAGGAUCGAUGAGAAUGUGGUCAGAGAACUAUGCGCACCGGGGAAGUAAACUUCUCUGUGAACUUGAAAGUCCUGAUGCAGGGUGACGUAGCGACUGAAUUCUUGUGUCUUUUGU